AUGCUAUCAAUUCGACGUUUUAAAUUAGGUCGGCGUUCAUUUUUUCGUCGUUUUUUAUCUGCAAUAUUUUCUCUUACAUGUAUUUAUUCGUUGUUACUCUGUUAUGAAUAUUUAAACAAACCAUAUCAUCUAAUUUCCGCAAUAAACAAUGAAAAUAUUAGAUGCGAUUUUAAACCAUCAACUAGUGAAUUUAUUCUUAAUUAUAAAACAAAUUCAUUAAUUGAAAAUCAACCUGAUUUAACACGUGUAGAACCAACAAUUCAACGAAUACGAAGUCUUUUAGAAAUAAUUCGUUCAAAAGAAGAUAAAUAUCAAUCAUUGUUAGAAACUUUUGAUGUUUUUAAUAUGUUAAAUCCAAAUAUAUCAUUAAAACCGUAUUCAAUUGAAAGUAAUAUAGAUGAAAUAAAAACUUUAUACAAUCGUUUUAUAAAAUUAAUGCCAGAUAAUAAAACAAUAGAAAUUGAUCAAACAUUUAUUGAUUAUUUAAGAAAAAUUUCAAAUUAUUUAUUAGAUGGAUUAAGAGAUAAACGAACAAACAAAUUUGAAGUUGAAUGUGUUCGUAAACCAGUUUUUGUUCUUGCUUGUGAUCAAGAUUAUUUUGAUGGACUUCAAGGUGCUAUUCAUACACUUGAUACUUAUUGGUCUGAUCAUAGAAUUAUUUUUUAUGAUUUGGGUAUUUCAAAUGAACAAGAAAUAUUACUGAGAAUGAAAUGUGCUCAAUGUACAAUUAUUAAAUUUCCAUUUUCGUCUAUUGAAAAGUUUGCAAGACAUAUUGGUGACUUAACUACUUAUGGCUUUAAACCAUUCGUUAUUCAGGAUGCUUUACGUCGUUAUGGUACAGUUAUCUAUGCUGAUUCAUCUAUUCGUUUUAAUUCUAAUUCAUUUAAUCCAGUUGUAAUUGAUAAUUAUAUUCGUGGUUUUGCUGCUCGGGAAUUACCUGGUCAUUAUGUAUCUUGUUAUACUCAUACUGAUACAUUUACUUGGUUUAAUCAAUCAUAUACUAAUUUUGAUAAUAUUUACAUAGCUGAAGCUGGAUUUGUAGUUGUUACAGAUACAUUUUUAACGCGUCUUAUUAUGAAAGCAUGGUUGACAUGUGCACUUGAACCAGAGUGUUUAAUAACGUUUCGAUCGCACACAAACUGUAGUCGAACUUCUUUGAACAAACAUCGUUACGAUCAAAGUGCAAUUGUUAUUAUUUUAUCAUAUUUUUUCUUUCAAGGUAAUAAAGGAACAUGGAGUGAUAAAAAACUUAAUGAUCCAGCUCCAUAUGAUAUGUUUACAAGUAUACAGAGAAGUUUAGGUGAUAUUGUUCGUGGAUCUUUUGAACAAUAUUAUUUAUCGAGAAAAAAAAGCUCUUAA